CUUACAAAGCUCGAUUCGGAUCAGUGGGUUGCUUAGAUACCUAUAAUAGAAUCUAGAAAAAGGAUACCGAGUGGAUAAAAAAAAUAUAGAUAUCGUAGUGUAGACUGUGUAGCAAGGAAUUUCUCAAGGCAACGGUUCCAGCUGUUUGUUCUGUGGACUGAAUAUUACGAGCGGUCUUGAGUGUGAAUUAAUUAUUAUUGUGUGUUUGCAGCGAUUGAGUUCAGUGAGAGAUUGAGUUACUUCGGAAUAGCGACGAGCCUGGUCAUCUAUCUGACCAAGAUCAUGCAUGAGGACCUCAAGACAGCGGCCAAGAAUGUCAACUACUGGACCGGCGUCACCACCAUGAUGCCUCUCAUCGGCGGCUUCUUAGCCGAUGCUUACUUGGGCCGUUACUUCACCGUCUUCGCUUCUUGCCUCGUUUAUCUCAUGGGUCUGGUUCUUCUUUCUAUGUCCUGGUUUCUUCCUGGUUUGAAGCCCUGUGAUGCAGCUAUGUGCACUAAACCUAGGAAGAUUCAUGAAGUGUUCUUCUUCCUUGCCAUAUACCUAAUAUCUGUAGGAACUGGAGGGCACAAGCCUUCCCUGGAGAGCUUUGGAGCCGACCAAUUCGACGAUGAACAUGCUGGUGAAAGGCGGCAGAAAAUGUCAUUCUUCAACUGGUGGAACUGUGGCCUGUGCAGUGGACUGGUUCUUGGGGUGACCGUAAUUGUGUAUGUACAAGACCGUGUGAACUGGGGAGCUGCUGAUCUUAUCCUUUCAGGGGUCAUGGCUUUGUCUCUGGUCAUUUUCUUGAUGGGAAGGCCUUUCUAUAGGUAUAGGGCUCCCACUGGAAGCCCUUUCACUCCCAUGCUUCAGGUCCUUGUUGCGGCCAUCUCCAAAAGGAAGCUUCCCUACCCUACCGAUCCUUCUCAGUUCUAUGAAGUUCCCAAGUCUCAGAGCACCAAUACUAGACUUCUCUGUCAGACCAAGAAACUCAAAUUUCUGGACAAGGCAGCAAUUCUGGAAAACAACGAUGGAAGCACAGCAGGGAAGCAGAGUCCAUGGAAGCUAGCAACAGUGACAAAAGUGGAAGAAAUGAAGCUGAUUAUCAACAUGAUACCCAUAUGGAUAUUCACACUACCCUUCGGAAUGUGUGUCGCUCAAACCGCCACAUUCUUCAUCAAACAAGGAACUACCUUAAACCGAAACAUAGUACUCAAUAACACCGCCUUCCAGCUACCCUCAGCCUCAAUCUACACCCUCUCCGCUAUCGGAAUGAUAAUUGCCGUAGCCGUCUACGACAGAAUCCUCGUACCCUUGUUCAGAAAACUCACCGGAAACGAACGAGGAAUCACCAUCCUUCAGAGGAUCGGCUUCGGAAUGGUGUUCUCUGUGAGCACAAUGAUAAUAGCAGCGUUAGUGGAACACAGAAGACUCCAAGUUGUUGAUAGAAAUCCAGUCAAAGGUUCACUUUCCAUGAGCGUCUUCUGGUUGGCUCCUCAGUUUCUGGUCAUAGGCUUCGGAGAUGGGUUCACUCUUGUGGGGUUACAAGAGUACUUCUACGACCAAGUGCCUGAUUCCAUGAGAAGCUUGGGGAUAGCAUUGUACCUCAGCGUGAUUGGAGCUGCGAACUUUCUGAGCAGUUGGGUGAUCACUUUUGUAGACCACGUCACAGACAAGGGUGGAAAAAGUUGGUUCGGGAAGGAUUUAAACAGUAGCAGAUUGGACAAGUUUUAUUGGCUAUUGGCGGCAAUAACGACAGUGAAUCUGUUUGUGUAUGUGUUCUUUGCUCGUAGGUAUUCGUACAAGAAUGCGCAGAAAGUCGCCGUGGCGGAUUGCUAUGAAGGAAAAAGUGAUGAUGGAGCUCAUGGGACGACAAUGGUUUCAACUUAGUUUAUUAUACCUCGUAUUAUAUACAGAUUGUAGUAUAUUGAUAUGGUAAGAUCAAUCCAUCCUUUGAUGAUGAGUUUGUUAAAUCUCGUUUCUUGGAAUAAGUAAAGCCUAUUGUAAUCACUUAGGAAGUGGGUAGUUUAUAGAGUGAAGUAUGUGUUAUUAUUUUGAAUACAGCUAGCUUUCGAGUUUAUGAUC